CUCUAAUUUUGGUAGCUUAAUUUUUUUAUGUGGAAUGUAUGUUCUUUGCUAAAGAACACUAUUUUUUAUAGUUAUAAUUGUUGUUAUGUUACCCAUAUUCUUAAAGCAGCAUUGCACCAGUGCUGCUUUAAUAAUAUGCAUAUCCAGGGGCGGACUGACCAUUUGGAAACUCAGGCACUGCCCGAGGGCCCAGGGGGGCCCCAUGAGAUGCCCCUGGUACCUUUUUCAUAGGCUUUUUUGAGUUUGGGCAAGGACACAGGGGCCCCAUGAUCCCCUAUUGCCCGGAGG